AUGAAUCAAACACUGGAAGACUAUGUCAGGGAAAUAAUCGACAAACACAGCCUGGAUUGCUACGUUAUCUUUAAUUCUGACAUUCACCUGAAUGAGUACAUACGAAAGAAGGACAUGAGAGUACUUCAAAUUUCCAACUUUUCUGGCUCAAAUGGCACUGUUGUUAUAAGCAAGGAGCCUUGCCUAAUUACAGAUUCAAGGUAUUACAUCCAAGCCCAGAAUCAAUCUAGAUUUCCCUUAUUUAAAGACAAAUUGUCAGAAUAUAUUAUUUUAAAACAGUAUAAAAAAGUCAGUUUCGACACCAAAACAAUCUCAUCAACUCGAUUUAAGAAACUAAUGGAAACGUUCUCUGAAAAUUCCAUUGAGUUCGUUGAAACUGAAUUCAAAUUUGAUAUCAAGUUUGAGGAUGACCAGUACAACAGCCUGUCUAAUGAAAUUGUCUACUUAGAGCAAUACACCUUAAAGAGCUAUUUGCACUUCUCAGAUGCGUCAGAAGGACUUGAGUACGAUCCAGCCAUCAAGGAAUAUCUUUCCUCACUUGGGUUUAAUAACAUCGAUGGAAAUGUAACAGGCUCGCAUUAUCAGGAUAAGAUCAAAAGAAUUAGAAAUAUUGUUGACGGAAAAGUUCUCAUUAUUACUGAGCUUGAUACAAUAGGAUGGGUUUUGAAUUUAAGGGGAUUUGAUAUUGAAUUUAACCCAGUCUUCUUUUCAUUUUUAGUCCUAACAAAAGACGAAGUGCUAUUGUUUACAGAUAAGGACAUUGCAUUGGAUAUGGUGAAGGUCUUACCAUACAACGAGUUUGAAAGAUACUUAGAAACAAUUGUCGAAUGCCCUGUCGUCAUUUCAGGUGACUGCAAUCAGUUUAUUUACUCUAAAUUUAAGGAUGUAAAACUCAUAGACACAAUUCGAGUAUUGCAAGCGACUAAAAAUGAGGUAGAACUGUGUGGAAUGGCAUUGGCGUAUUUUUUUGACGGCUUGGCACUCACUGAGCUAUUUGGAUUUAUAAACAAUAACCACAAUUUAACUGAAAAAUCAAUAAGUGAUGAGCUUCACAAUAUUAAAACGAAGUUCAAAGGAUAUGUCCAACCAUCAUUUGAUACCAUUUCUUCAACGGGUGCCAAUGCAGCAAUAGUUCAUCAUCGUGCAUCUUUGGAUAGGAUUGAUAAAAAUAAAGUGUAUUUGAUCGACUGUGGCUCUCAGUAUUACUUUGGGACAACUGACACUACCAGAACGUUAUUCUUUGGAUCUGAUAUUGAUGAGCAGCUCAGACACGACUAUACACUGGUUUUAAAGGGACAGUUGAAUGCUAUGAUGAAAGAAUACGAUUUUGAGUCUAACCAUUCAGAAAUUGAUGAGAUCAGCAGAUCGUUUUUGAAAGGUGAGGAGAAGGACUUUGGACAUGCAACGGGGCAUGGUGUUGGACAUUUUCUUUGUGUCCAUGAACAUCCGCCAAGCAUUUAUGAUAAAACUGAAGAUAAAUUACAACCCAAUAUGGUAUUUUCAAUUGAGCCGGGCUAUUAUAAAGAAGAGGAGUAUGGAAUUAGAGUUGAAAACUUGGUAGUUUCAAGGAAAACAGCCGAUAAGAUUAAACUAACUAACAUUACCAUUGUUCCAUAUCAGAAUAAAAUGGUUGAUGCAAACAUGCUUACGAAGGAAGAGAAGGAGUACUAUAAUUUAUGCAAUGAGAAAUGCAUAAAGACAUUACAGAAUUACAUUAGCUAUGAGGCCUUUGAAUUCUUAAAGAACAAUUCAUGCAAACUUGAAUAA